AGCGCCCCCUGUCGGUGCGGGUCUCUCCGGGCAGCUGGGGGAUUUCCUGGGCGGAAGCAGUGGAGGGGGUUUCCAGUCUUUCAGCCCCGUCCUCCUGGAUCUCUGAACCGGGACCCGUACACCGACACGACCAGAGCGACCAGAAUCAGCCUAAACCCGGACCCGGACCCCGGACCCGGACCAUGAGGAGCCCGGCUGAGGCCCGGACGCUCCGAGGCACCGGCAGGUUGACGGUUUGAAUCCCGGAGAGAGUCCACCGAGGAGCCGCUGAGGAGGAGCUGUGGCCUGUGGAGGAGAUUCAUGUCAUGUCAGCAGGGAGGAGUUCUGACGGCAGGGAGGUGCAGAUUCCCCUCCAGCAGGUGGCGCCCUCCCUGGUCCCGCCCCUCUCUGCUGCCCCUCCCUCUCACCGCCCAGCCAAUCCCUGGCCUCCGAGUGAGCCUCCUGCCUCUCAGCAAGGUGUCCCUGCUGGCUUCCUGCCGCUCCAUGGAGGAUUCCGAGAUCACUUUGUAGAAACUCCAGAGUCCAAAUACUGCUGCGAGGCCUGCAGGCUGGUCCUGUGUCAGCCCCGCCAGACUGAGUGUGGACACCGCUUCUGUCAGAGCUGCAUCAGUGACCUCCUCAGUCAUCAGAACCCGGUGUGUCCGGCUGACAUGGAGCCACUCUUCAAAGACAAGAUUUUCAGAGACGUUUGCUGCCACCGGGAAAUCAUGGCACUGAAGGUUCACUGUCGCAGUGAAGCCAACGGCUGUCAGGAGCAGAUGAGCCUGCAGCAGAUUCCCGACCACCUGAACGUGUGUCCGUUCUACGAGGUGCCGUGUCCGCUGGGGAAGUGUAAAGAGCGGAUGAUGAGGAAGGACAUGCCCGACCACCUGAGCUGGAAAUGUAAACACAGAGAGACCACCUGCGAGUUCUGCUCCUCCAAGAUGCCCCUGACUGACCUGCAGAAACACAAAGAAACUGUGUGUCCGGCGUUCCCGGUGUCCUGUCCCAACCACUGCUCCCUGUCCUCGCUGCCCCGGAGCGAGCUCUGCAGCCACCAGCACGACUGCCCCAAAGCCCACGUCAACUGCCACUUCGUCCGCUAUGGCUGCACGUUCAAGGGUUUGAACCAGGACCUGAGGCAGCACGAGUCGACCUUUGCAGCUGAGCACCUGAGGAUGAUGGCCAGCAGAAGCUGCUCAUUGGAGAACAAGGUGGAGGAGGUCAAAGGUGAGCUGACGGAGCGGUACAAGGUGCUUCCAGCGCUCAGCAGCCGACUGUCUGAACUGGAGAACCAGAUGGAGGAGCUGAGGGAGAAGAACCGGCAGACGGAGCAGAAAGUGACUGCCAUGCAGAAAGUGAUGAGCUCUCACUCGGAGAAGCUGCUGGACUUGGAGCUGGAGCUCCGGUCUUUACAUCCACUCCGAGACGACAUGGAGAACCUCAGAGGAAACCUGGACAACGUGCGAACCCGGCUUAGUGCUCUGGAGCAAGGGGGACGCAGCGGCACCGGGUCCACCACGCAAACUCUGACAUCGCUGGAGACGGAGCUGAAGCGCCAGGACGACAUGCUGAGUGUCCACGAGAUCCGUUUGGCUGACAUGGACCUGCGGUUCCAGGUUCUGGAGACUGCGAGCUAUAAUGGGACUCUGAUCUGGAAGAUCCGCGACUACAAGAGGCGGAAACAGGAUGCAGUGGCGGCCAAGACGCUGUCGCUGUACUCACAGCCGUUCUACACCGGAUACUUCGGCUACAAAAUGUGCGCCCGCGUCUACCUGAACGGAGACGGCAUGGGUAAAGGGACGCACCUGUCGCUCUUCUUCGUGGUGAUGAGGGGCGAGUACGAUGCCCUGCUGCCCUGGCCCUUCAAACAGAAGGUGACCCUGAUGUUGAUGGAUCAAGGACCAUCCAGGAAACACCUGGGCGACGCCUUCAAGCCCGAUCCAAACAGCAGCAGCUUUCGGCGUCCGUCGGCGGAGAUGAACAUCGCGUCGGGCUGUCCGCUCUUUGUGUCCCAGAGCGUCCUGGAGACAGGCAGCUACAUCAAAGACGACACCAUCUUCAUCAAGGUUACCGUGGAUACGUCCGACCUUCCUGAUCCCUGACCUUUUACCUCUAAGCUCACUGGUCCAAGUCCAGCAGAGUAAAGGAUGAUGGGAAAGCUCGUCCGGCUGAGAACGCCACCAGCAGGACAGAGGAAGAGACAAGGAACAGCCAAUCAGAGUGGACUCUGCCGAGCCCGGAGGACACCACCUCCUCUGAUUGGCUGGUGGACUCUGUGUGUGUUUGUGAGGAUGAAUCUUUGGUGCCAUGAUGACACGAUGGCGACAUUGCUGAGAUUCAACCUGGCCGCCGCAGUGAGGACGUUGCAGCUGCUCUUUACUGAUGCCGUGCAUCCCUUUUCCCGCCCGGGGCAUGCUGGGAAACCCACUGCAGCCACAGAGGAGCCCCGAAAACCAGCACAGUUCUAGGACAGACUGAUCAGGAUCAGAAUAGACCAGACAGAAGGAUCAGAACCUGGACUGAUCGGUUAGAUCCAGGAAAGAAGGGUCAGAACCAGAAGAGACGUGCCUGUACAUCAGAGGGUUUCCAGAAGGUUCACGUCAGUGACUUUUUUUUUUUUUUUUUUGUUCAGUUUAUGAGACACUGAGUCCCUCCCACUGGUUUGGACACUCACCAUGUUCCAUGAGACUGUUGAUGACCCAGUGUGACCAGUAAAACCUGAAGUCAUUUACCAGCUGCUGUCUUGGAUUAGGUAUAAGCUCUUUGGUUGGAAUCCCUCUGAUGUGUUGAAGUUUGAAUGUUCCACUUCUGCGCAGACACAUUCGAACAGAGUUCUAUCCUGUGGUGAAUUCAGCAGAGUUCACCGGAGUGUCUCUAGAGUCUCCCGUGUGGCUGCAGUGGUUCCUUGGCGUCUUGGACAUUGUUCGACUUGUUUUUGCACAGUUUGUUUGAAGUGUGAAAAUAAAAACUUUUUAUUUAUUUUCUUUGACUAAAAGUUUGAGAAACU